UUGACCACUCUUUUGGAAAAGUAGUAUUUCUUAGCGUCCAGUUUUGCAGGUCAUGCUUAUUUAUUUCCACAUUAUUGUGGGGUUGUUUUUCUCUGUUCAUUUUACUCCCUGUAGUGAUGUCACUGUCUUUUUUCUUUUUUUUUCACUUAGGUAGUUGGUAUUCUUAUCCCCUUUCAUUUUUUUUUUAAUUCAGUUUCUUAUAACAUAAAGCUCUCCACAGUGUGUAGUUUAUCAUUAUAGCCACCAACAAUCUUGAUUUACAUUAUGGUUUGCUCCAGUGGCAUACUCUUCAGUGUAUCACAAAUAUAAGUAAAAAAAAAUUACUUAAGCUAAAAAAAGUUUUUCUGCAGUAGCUAUGUUAAAGAAAUAGAAGGAGUAAAAAUCAUUUAGAAGAAUUCAGAUGUAUCUUUGUUUUAUAUUCAAAGUCUAUACUUAUUAAAUUUAAAAAAUAGGCAAUAAAGAGGUACACUUCAGUUUAUAGCAUUUUUCAAACCUCUACAGAGCAUUGUUCAAAGUAAGUAUGUUAAGAAACUAUCUAUCUUUUUAGACAGGAGCAAGUCAGUGUUCUGUAUCAGAACAUACACAUAGUGGAACCAAGAUUAAUCCAGCCGUAUGAGCAUGUCAUUAAGAACUUCAUCCGAGAGAUCAAACUUCAAAGCACAGAGAUGGAAACCUUGGCCAUUGCUGUAAAAAGAGUUCAGGAUAAAGCAGCAGUUCAGCUCAGUGAGCUGGAAGAAGAGAUGGAACAACGGAUACAGGCUGCUGAGCAAAAAGUUAAAAAGGAAGAGAAACGAAAAGCUGAAGAAGCACUAAAUGAGCUGAAGCGCCAGUAUGAUACUGAAGUUGGAGAUCUUCAGGUGACUAUAAAAAAACUUAGAAAGGUUGAGGAGCAAUCCAAAAACAUAAAUAGCAGGGAAGAUGUGAUUGAACUGAAAAAGAGAAUACAUGAUAUGUUGCUGGAAAAUCAGAAACUUAAGAAAGACCUCUUAGAAGCACAAACAAAUAUUGCUUUUCUCCAGAGUGAGUUAGAUAGCUUGAAAAGUGAAUAUGCAGAUCAGACUUUAAACACAGAAAGAGACCUAGAAAUGAUUCGGGAGUAUACUGAAGACAGAGAUAAUCUGGAAAGACAAAUUGAAAUCCUUCAAUCGGCUAAUAGAAAACUACAUGACAGCAAUGAUGGUUUAAGGACUGCACUUGAAAACAGUUUCAGCAAGUUCAACAGAUCAUUGCGGUUAGCAAAUACCUCACCAGGAAGUACUGUUUCUAGAAGCAGUCCCAAAUGUAGUGGUGGACAGUCUCCUCUGAACCUGCGUUAUGACAGGUCAUCUCCAUCUUGUGUGGAUGAAGAUUACGAUUCUUUAGCCCUUUGUGACCCCAUGCAAAGAAUAAACUGUGAAGUUGACAGCUUACCUGAGAGCUGUUUUGACAGUGGUUUGUCCACCCUGAGAGAUUCAAAUGAGUAUGAUUCAGAGGUGGAAUACAGGCAUCAAAGAAUUUUUCAAAGACCACAGUGUAUGCAAGAAAGCUAUGGCGGUGAUGCUUCUGAUACAGACGUUCCUGAGAUCAGGGAUGAAGAAGCAUACAGUCCUGAUAACAGCAGUACAAUAUUAGACUGGAAAUCCUCAAGACCAGUAAGUCGAAGCAGCUCAGUUGCUUCAACAAGGAAAUACAUAUCUGCUCUGACUCCUCAGUCAGAUGCAACAGAAUGUACUCCAAAAUACCCAAGUUCAGAGAAGGCUUACAAGAUUGUUCUUGCUGGAGAUGCAGCAGUGGGAAAAUCUAGUUUCCUUAUGAGGCUUUGCAAGAAUGAAUUUAGAGGCAAUACCAGUGCAACCCUCGGUGUUGAUUUUCAAAUGAAAAGGUUAAUUGUUGAUGGAGAACCUACAGUGCUGCAACUGUGGGACACAGCUGGGCAAGAGAGAUUCCGAAGUAUUGCUAAAUCAUACUUCAGAAGAGCAGAUGGUGUCUUACUCUUAUAUGAUGUAACAUGUGAAAAAAGCUUUCUUAAUGUGCGAGAAUGGGUUGAUAUGAUUGGGGAUGCAACUCAUGAGAAUAUUCCAAUUAUGAUGGUAGGAAACAAAGCAGAUCUUCGCCAAGCAUUUACAGAACAAGGGCAAAAAUGUGUACCUUUAAGCUAUGGAGAAAAGCUGGCUAUGACUUACAAUGCUCUAUUCUGUGAAACAAGUGCUAAAGAUGGAUCUAAUAUUGUAGAAGCAGUUCUUCAUCUUGCUCGGUAAGUAGUCAUGUUUCUAUUUUCAAAGAAGCACAGCUGAACAUAUUUUAUAAAAUAGACAUUAUAUAUAGAUUUACAUACAAAGACAUGCAUGUACAUAUUUAAAAUUGUCCCAACAUCAAGUUCAACAAAUUAAAUUAGAAAAUGAAUGCCAUGUUGAAUCUAUAGAGACGUGUGAAGCAGGUUUUAUUCUCAGUGUAGUCAGUGGUUUUGCUUACAAAUGUUACAUAGUUGUCUUAUUUAUCGAUAUUUAAAUUAGAACUUAGUUAUGGACCUAACAGUUUUAAAACUUGGUGAAUGAAUGAUAUGUUUAAUGGUACAUGGAUUUACUUUCGUAAUUCUUUCAUAUACAUAGAUCAAUUUCUAAUACUUACAAUUAUGCAUAUAAUUAACUCUUAAUUCUGUCACAUCUAUUAAUACAUGUUCAGUUUUGUUCCUGAUCAUUCUAGUCUCACAUAUUUUCUUUGAUGUCAUGUCACUUUCUCUAAGUUAUUUAAAAGACAGAACUCUGCAUUACAUCCAUUUAGCAAAAUGGUGUUUCUGUGAAGAAUGUGAAUCAAACAUUACACUUUUACAACUUUUCCAAACUGUUCUGUACUGCAGUGUUUUGAAAGGCUGGAAGUAAGAAAUCCUCAAGCUCAGAUUUCUCAGUUCUAGUCAUCAAACUCAAGGCUACAAUUACGACUAUAUUAAUUAAUUUUUUUUUUUACUUACUCAUGCAAUAAUCAAACUUUAUGACAUUUGGCCAGUAUUUGUUUAUUCAGUGUUAAAACAUGGCCUGAAUAAAAAUACUGGCUCUUUGGAGAGCAUCAUUGCUUCUUCACAUUUGGUCUUCAAGAACACAUGUAUUUCCAAGAAAACAACUCAACUGGAGAUGCUACAUGAGCACAGGUGUUUUGUUUUUCUGUUAGUGUCAACAUUAGUUGCUGAUUGAAAUGACUCAUUUCCAGGAAUCUGUGACUUAAUAAAUUAGAGAGCUUACUUAACAGUUACAUAACAUUAAUCACAGUUGGAAAAUUCUCUCUAAUAUUUAAACAUGAUAGAUUUGUUUAACUGCCUCAAGGAUAAAAAUGGCAGUUUGGCAGUUGCAGCAUUUCGUUUCAGAACCUCCAAUUUUUUUUUCCUUUGGUAGGUUCAUAGUUCCUUAAAUGCUCUAGACAUUACCUAGAGCCUUGGUCUGGAAUGGUUGCUUGCAAUUUCUUGAGUUUAGUAAUACUUAUUCUUUGAAAGAAACGUUUUAUUUUGAAGCAAAAAAAAAAAUUUUUUUUAAAAGUAUCAUUAGGGCAGAUAGUCUUUCAGACUAACCUGUUACUUCUUUGUAGGAUUCCUUUCUCCUGUUUGUUUUGUUGAAUAAUAUGAUGCUCUGAAUUUA